GAUAUUUCCGUGCACCAUUUCUGUAAGACUUUGGAGAAAGGAUGGAUGAAAAUUGCAAAAGAAGAGCACAUAGUUAUUUUUCAAACUUUGUGAAAGGAAAGUUUUGUGAUGAACUGAUGACCACAUGUGCAGUGCUACCUCCAUAUAUAUAGAAUCCAUGAAGUAAUCAUCAUCAGCACAGUGGGAAGAGCAAGCAAGAGAAAACCAGAUUAACCAUGUCUCUACAGGUGCCAAAUGUGCAGGAACUCGCACUGACUUGCAACCGACCUGACCAGCAGAUACCUGACAGGUACAUCAGGCCGGAGGCUGGCACCGAAGAGGUCAUCUGCGGCCAAGGCAUCAACACGGCAAUCCCGGUCAUCGAUCUCGCCAAGCUGCUCAACCCGCAGUCAUCCCAAGAGGAGUGUGCCAAGCUGCGAUCUGCAUGUCAGCACUGGGGUUUCUUCCAGCUCGUCAACCAUGGGGUGCCUGACGAUGUGAUCAGCGACGUGAGGAGAGACUUAACUGAGUUCUUCAAGCUACCACUUGAAGCCAAGGAGGCGUACGCUAAACCACCAGACAAGUACGAAGGCUAUGGCCAGCACUUCGUCGUUUCAGAGAAGCAGAAGCUGGACUGGGGAGACCUGCUACACCUCCGGCUUCGCCCAACCGAGUCCAGGGAUUUGAGGUUCUGGCCUGCCCAUCCUUCAUCUUUCAGGAAUUCCAUGGAGAGGUACUCCUUGGAGACGGCAAAAGUAGCACGCUGCCUGUUGGAGUUCUUGGCCAUGGACAUGGGCGUUGAUCCGGAGUCUCUCCUGGAGGUAUUCAGAGGCCAGCCCCAGAACAUGAGGGUGAACUACUACCCGCCGUGCAGGCAAACCGGCAAGGUGCUCGGCCUGUCGCCGCACUGCGACGCGACCAGCCUGACGCUGCUGCUCCAUGUGAACGACAUGCAGGGCCUCCAGAUCAGGAAGGACGGCAAGUGGCUCACCAUCGAAGCCCUCGACGGCGCGUUCGUCGUCAACGUCGGCGACAUGCUUGAGAUUCUGAGCAAUGGGAGGUACAGGAGCGUUGAGCACAGGGCCGUGGUGCACCCGGAGAAGGAGCGCAUCUCGGCGGCGGUGUUCCACCAGGCGUGCCGGGACGCGACGGUCGGGCCUCUGCCGGAGCUCGUGACGAAGGACGGUGGCAGGCCGGUGUACAAGUCGAUGGCCUACGAGGAUUUCAUGAAGCGCUUCUUCUCGGCCAAACUUGACGGAAGGGCUAACGUCGAGGGCAUGAAGAUUUAGUGGUCGAGAACAUGGAUCUUCUGUACCAAGAAAUAAUCAGCACUUGAUUUUUUCUCUUCUAUGUACCAGUUGCUGAUGUGCCAAUGGCCAGUACUAUUUUGGCCGGAAUACGAAGUUAUCACGGACGUCCCGCUGUUAA